AUGUCCACACCAAUUGCUUCAGGACUGUCGAAGCCAAAUCCCCGAAGAGCGCUCAGCGAAGAUCAACGAGAUCCUGGUUCCUCGACAGUGCUGCUUGCUGGAAGCAUUUCGAGAAACAGGUCAACGAGUGUACAGAGACGAAAAUCGAAGCCGUCAUUAAAGAAACAUGGCAGUGUUAGCCACCCUAAAUUGAUAUAUUCAGUUGAUGAUGAUAUUAAUGAACAAGCCGAUGAAAACGGUGAGAGACCUAGUGGAGAGGAGCAAGAUCCCAAGAAUAAGAACGACAAGGACUACCUUGAAGGAUAUAACGACGCAUUGAGAGCCUUUCAGCAGCGGAAAAACAGCAAGAGUCCCAUGAGACUGUAUCAAGAUAUUUCUGAUAGAACACCGUUACGGACACCAUUAAGGACACCAGACGAAUUGGCGGAUAUUGAGUCCGUGAUUGCCAGAGACUUGCACGAGGCCGAACAAAAUAUUCGGAGAUUAAAGGCAACGGAUCCGAAACGAUUUGGAAGUACUGAUAAGCUAGACUUGGAAGAAGACAUCCAAGGCGAAGAUAAUGAUGUUAAUGGCGAAGAUGGAGAUGGUGCCGGAGACGCUGAUGAAAACGGGUCAAUACAUUCAAACUCAUCCACCGAGUCCUUGAAUUUAAAAGAUAGGCAAAAUGCCAUUAAUGAAACCCACCCUUUUGGUAUAAAAAUCUGGAAACCGUCCUUGUAUAAGAAAAAGAGAUCAGUGGCUACAAGAGCCGACGAGGAUAUUCAUGAUUUUGAUCCACGACGCCCCACCUCGUCGAGAAUUUUUUGGGGUGUAAGGCUUACUAAUUUGAUGUGGAGUUUAACAGCAGGUUUGUUGAUAUACGUGUCUUGCCUAAUUGGUGCUUUGUUUGUGUUUGUAUUUUCUGGCUUUGCCAUAGGUUCGGGGCUGAGAUUAUACGUGAGAGCGUUCUUGAGAUUGGGGAGGUAUUGGCUCUACCCUUUUGGAAAAUUUGUUCUCUUGAACAAGGAUAAGAAUUAUAUGGAUGAGGACCAGUUGGAGGGGAGAACUCUUAAUGAGUUUCACCAAUGGAGAUUGCAAGAAGAAGGAAGGCUAUUUUUUGCACCGCCACGACGUUACACUGGCUCCGCGGAAGAGUCGACACCGCUAAUGAAAGAUCACAGGGGAAGGCCCUUGAGGGAUGCCUACAAUUCGUUGGCCGUAGACAACGAACAGAGUGAGCAGCAUCCAGAUGGUGAUGCAUAUGACAACGAUGAGAGUAAUGAUAUCAAGGUCAGAUUUUUUGGACGUGGGGAUUGGACUGCGGGAAGAAUCGCAUUUUAUUUGUACUUUUAUGUCAUAGUGCAGCCGAUUUCCUACUUUUUUGGUUUCCUAAGCUGGUUGAUUGUCUUUACCAUUCCAAUGGCCAAUAUCACAUCAACAUUGAACGAUCAUGUGAGGCGUCACCCAUUGGCGUUGGACUUUGAAAUGGAAAAGGCAUAUUACAAAAGAAGAGAAAAGGAUCCAUCGUUGAAGAAAAAGAAGCAGAUGAUAUUGUUGUGUACUUAUAGGUGUUGCGGAUGGCAUUACUAUAAAUACACUAUUGAUGGUACAAACAUCUUUUUCAUCAAUUUGCUUUUUAUGGUUUUGUUUGUCAUUGUCGAUUUCUAUUUCUUAAAGGAAUCUUUGCAUUGGAAGUCCUUCUUGACUGAUUCAAACACCAUCUUUUGUUUAUGUUUAUUCUCGAUUAUUCCCUUGGCCUACUUUAUUGGACAAGCAGUGGCUUCAAUUUCAGCACAAUCUUCGAUGGGUGUUGGUGCUGUCAUAAAUGCAUUCUUUUCAACUAUUGUCGAGAUUUUCCUUUACUGCGUUGCUUUGAACCAAUCCAAAGGCAAAUUGGUCGAGGGUUCUAUGAUUGGCUCUAUCCUUGGUGGUGUUUUGCUUCUUCCUGGUUUGUCCAUGUGUGGAGGGGCAUUAAAGCGUAAAACGCAGAGAUACAACCCGCGCUCUGCUGGUGUCUCUUCAACAAUGUUGCUAUUUGCUAUGGUUACAAUGUUUGCUCCAUCAUUGUUUUACCAGAUUUACGGUUCUUAUGAAAUUAAAUGCAAUGGGUGUGAUGAAGGAAGCGGAAUUGAUGACUGCACAAAGUGCCGGUUUACUCAGCCAUCGUUUACAUUGGAUCCUUUGUAUUAUAAAGUGAUUAAACCAUUCUCACUCAUCGUUGCCAUUGCAUUGUUUGCGGCGUAUGUUUGUGGGUUAUUCUUCACCUUGAGAACACACGCGUCGUUAAUCUGGGCAACAAACUCGCACGAAGCAGUGAAGAAAGAGGAACAUCUGAGAAUGCCAAGCCUGGCAAGUAUAGCAGGUUUGGAUCAAGGCAAGCGGCUGGAGUCUCAGCAAAGGUUGUCAGUCGUGCCACCGCGUAACCUAGAUAGACGAUCUGUUGACAGCAUAAUUUCCGCUUCUGAAGCUGACGUGACCAAGGAAGCGAAGGAGGAUGCUGAAGAAGGAGGAGGGCAUGAUGCGCCCAACUGGUCGAAAAAGAAGUCAACGAUAAUUUUAUUAGGCGCCACUGUCUUGUAUGCCAUCAUUGCCGAAAUUCUUGUUGAUAAUGUCGACUCAAUUCUUGCUGAUUUCCCUAUCGAUCCGAAAUUUUUGGGAUUGACCAUAUUUGCGUUAGUUCCGAACACGACUGAGUUUCUUAACGCCAUUUCUUUUGCCAUCGGUGGGAACGUGGCAUUGUCGAUGGAGAUUGGUAGUGCUUAUGCGUUGCAAGUGGUUUUAAUACAAAUUCCUAGCCUCGUGGUCUAUUCCGUUUUGAAAGAUUUUGUCAAUGUUGAGCAGAUAUUUUCCCUUGUGUUUCCACGCUGGGACAUCAUUGCAACAUUGAUAUCAAUUUAUUUAUUCACUUACAUCUACGCUGAAGGCAAGUCUAACUAUUUUAAAGGUGUGAUUUUGAUUUUGAUAUACCUAGUAGUGAUGAUCGGGUUUUGGUUCAAUGGUAUCAUAGACGGGUUAGAUGAUGGUUUGGGGGAUUAUCUGGUGUUGUGGAUCCAUUGA